AUGAGAAGCUUUGUUUCAGUUGGGAUCUUUUGGCUGCUCAUUCUUUUGUACCUAAACAGCGCUGUGCUUACCAAUGGUAUCCAACGAGAAACUUGGAGCGAAGUUUCGCCGGCACGAAACUCGCUCCAACGCAACCUGGACUACUGCCAGCCUUUGAUCACGAUCGAAGACUGCCGUCUGGAGCAAGUCUGCAUUGAAGAGGCAGUAGUGAAAGUCUGUGAGAAGAAAGUCUGGAUUUGUCCAGCGAGCUCGAACUUCGAGAACGCCUCGCCCAAGGAAAAGUAUGGGCUUUCAAAGAAUGCAAGGACAGAAGGAUACACAAAUGUGAGGAAAGGGAACGUGCCAGUUCAUGCUCCAAAUGACUGUUACCAGAAAUGCAUCUAUAAGAACCAAACAGUGUGCGAGAUGUAUGCACUGAAGAAUAUCUGUCGAGUGUGCGUUGAAAGCUUCACAGCAGAGGAAAAGUGCUCGUUGGUGUUUGGACCACAGAAGGACGUAUCAGGGAAGGUUCCAGUUUCGGAUAGGUGGAUACCUAGCACACCACAGAAGACUACUCUGGGAAAAGUUCAGGGAACUGUUGCGUCGAAGAGCCCCGCUCAGCCAGCUUGUACAAUCAUCUGCAAAGAAGUGAAACGUGUAUGUCAUCAGGAGGUAUUUUCCAUUCAAACACCAACGCAAACACCAACGAUCAUAAUAGUCAAGCCAACGAUACCUCCAACGCCGACUACUACGCAGAUACCGACACCAAUGCCACCGAUUACAAUAAUACCAACGCCGACACCAACAUUAACGCCGACGACUAAGCCGCCGACGCCAACGACUAAGCCGCCAACACCGACGACUAAGCCGCCUACACCGACUACGAAGCCGCCGACGCCAACUACUAAGCCGCCUACACCGACUACGAAGCCGCCUACACCGACUACUAAGCCGCCUACGCCGACUACUAAGCCGCCUACGCCGACUACUAAGCCGCCUACGCCGACUACUAAGCCGCCUACACCGACUACUAAGCCGCCUACGCCGACUACUAAGCCGCCGACACCGACGACUAGGCACGACAACGCCGACUACGAAGCCGCCGACACCGACUACGAAGCCGCCAACGCCGACUACGAAGCCGCCAACACCGACUACGGAGCCGCCAACGCCAAUGACUAA